UCUUAGCGCUAAUAAUGGGUCCUUUUUCUUGUUAGUCUGCACAUUGAGUGUCCUAUGUAUAUACUCCUAUAAGGGACUAUAAAGAAUUUCCAAAAAUAAGGGGCUUGACAGAACCAACCAACACCAAUUAUGGCCAAGAACAACACAAUUGAAGCAUGUGGAUGACAACAACAAACACAAUUUCGUAGCAUUUUCUACGAAAUGACAGAAAAAGAAGAAAAAAGUACCCCACGUUAAACCCAUUUAAGACCCCUCAUAGUGGGGCUACCUGAAAUAUAAUGUAGAUAUCGGCAAUUUCUCUGUUAGUUAAAAAAGUAAAUUGAUCAGUGUGCAAAGGCACUUCAGGUCGAACGAAUCACAGCGAAAAAUCUUGAACGGGGACUAAUCGAAAUGGUGACCACCUACGUGGAGGGUCCAGCACCCGUAACUCAACAGCAGCAGCAGCAGGACAUUGUAUAUAUUAAGACGGAGCAACCACCACCAGUUGUAUAUGUAGCCGCCACAAGGCCAACGGCACCGCCUCCCCCUCCUGCUACUACGACAAUUGUGGUAGUGCAAAAAAAUAGGGGGCCCUCAGUUAUUAACCUAUCAUUCUUUCUACUGACCUAUGGGGGCAUGGAUUUGGGGCAAAGUCUUGGAUUGAAUGUAGCUUCCACCACAUUUAUACCGACUCCGCAGUUUUUCUAUAGCUGGUUUAUUGGAUUUAUUGUGGGAGCACUUUUGGCAUCUGUCGGGGUAUCCCAUUUGCCCAAAAUUGUAUUCUAUAUCUUGAGUUGUAUUCUAGAAUUGGUUGAUGCCAUUUUAUUUGUAUCAUCGCAUGAUUACAAAUGCUUUUUGGCUGCCCGUUAUUUGGGUGGAGCAGGAAUCGGUGUCCUGACGGUUGCCUAUCUAAUGCACAGCUCGGAAGUUUGUCUUCGGACUAAUCGGGGCGUUCUCACAGGAGCGGAACAAGCUUCUUUGACAUUUGGCAUUGGCUUUGAGGCGAUUUACGGGGCUUUUUGGGCGGACACGGUUAUUGAUUCAUUCAAUUUAGUGCAUGGCAUUAUUGGCAUUGUAUUUGUUGUUAUCUCCUUUCUAUGCACAGUGUUCACCGUAAUCGAAUCGCCGAUCUAUCAUUUGCGCCGUGGUGACGAGGUGAAGGCCCGUCAAUGCCAACUAAAGUUGUCCCUCACGAAUCAAUCGUGUACACGAAUCUUUAACGAAGCCAAACGAUAUGUGCAGGAGGAUGAGAGUCAGAGUUUGGGUCAACAGAUUGGCGGCUCUGUAAUACCUUUUGUCAAAGUCCUUCUCCUACGCUGCUUUGUGGCCUUUUCCAUUUCAUUGCCUUUGGUCGUCUCAUUGGAAUGGAGCAGUGCCGUCUCGAUGAGGUGGUAUCUCUGGCCCAUGAUCACAUCUGGUGUCCUGCGUAUAAUUGGCUCAUUUAUUUCGCUAAGUGUCCUGGACAAAGUGGGUCGUAAGUUGGUUACUUUGGUAGCUCUGUUUUGCAUGGCAGUCCUGAUGAUAUCAAUGGCUGGCAUUUAUGGAACGGUUACUGAUGCUUACUCUAUGAGACAAGUGUCCAAUUUGGGCAUGGCUUUUCAGUUCUUCGCAGGCCUCUACGUUUGCAGCUCGUCGACAUAUCUCACCGAAGCAUUUCCUUUGAAAGUGAAGCCAUAUUCUAUAGCUCUGAUCGUAUGCAUCGAGCAGGUCAUACACAUUAUUGUCAUAAUGUGUUUCAAGAUCGGUGGAAAUAUCCUUUUCCGUUACUUUUUGGCUGUGGGAAUCCUAUUGCUAUUGGGAUUGAUUGUAUUGGCCGUCCUAAUGCCAGAAACCAAACAAAUGACCCUACGAGAAGCUGGCCAACGUUUUCGUCAAACUUACGAUAUUAAAAUGUAUUAAAUUACUUUAAAAUUACAAAAAUAAAUAAAUCAACU